UAUCAACAUAUCAUUAUCAUUUAACAACCGUAUUUCCAAAAACACCCCUCCCUUUCUUUACAAAUAAAAUACACUCAGGGGCAUUUAGGUAACUUCCUCACGCCUGCACUCAAUUUUCUAUUUGGCCGCCAGUUUUCGAGUGUGUGUUUCAUCUUCGCAAUCUCUUUUACAUCUCGCCGAGACUCUGGUUGCUCUCAUUUUCACCGUCAAAUGAAGAAAUCAACGGUUGGUGAUGAGUCGCGUAGGCCGAAGUUUCGAGAAGUGAGCUCGCGGUACCUCCAUAACAUUCCUUCUUCUCCUCAAAUUGUCGAAAAUUAUUCAUCAUUGCCGUUACCAAAUCCAUCAAUCUCCGGACCGUCGUGGCAAAUAAAAAAAUCGUCGCCUUCGGUUCCGGACACUCGAAAACACCGCAGCCACGACUCCGGUUUGUUACGCAAGCUCUGGCCUUCCGCGGGAAAAUCAUCUCGAAAUGGAGAAAAAGAAUCAAAAAAUUCGGAUAAUUCGAUGUCUCUUAAUAGGCAGAAAAGCUGCAGUACUGUUUUUUCGAGAUUCGAAAGCAGUCCUCAGAUUAACGGUAGUCAUAGUACUAGUAGUGGCAGUAGUAAAGAGAAUUAUAAGCCGUUUUUCGGGGGAUCGAUGAGGUACACAGGGAAAUUUAAAUUCCCUGGUAGAUCCUCAUCUCCGUCCCCCGUGGCUGGUGACGAUGAUUUUAUGAUUCCUGGAAGAAUGUCUGUCGAUGAGACGGCGUUGCGUCAGAGAUCUUUCGGAGGAAGAUCAUCUGAUUUAUCGGAUAAUCAGGACUCCGGAUCAGAGUGUAGUGAUCAUGGCUCUAACACGAGUUUAGGAUCACCUUUUAUAGGUAAAAAUUCACCUGCUUCUUAUAUGUCACCAACGGUGAGCUCGAGUUUUCGGAAAUCUGGCCUAGAUGCUUCUCCUAUUGAUCAAAAGCAUCGAAGGGGAACGUCGGAGACAAAUAUUGUGACGGAGAAUUUUAAGAAGAUCAAUUUAAAAAAUAGUGUGAAGAGAGCUAAUUCCCUGACAGCGCCAUCUAAAAAGUCGUCACCGAGUCAUUCGAAUUUGAAGCCUCCUUCGCCUCCUCAUAUGAAUGCUAAGCCUCCUACUAGUCCGUCGUCUAAGGGGAAACUGCCUCCCACAAGUCCUUCAAGGUCGAAAGGGGUGGGGAGCUUUAUUAGUUUGGGACUGGAUUUAUUUAAGCAUAAGAAACCUUAUCCUAGUAGUAUUGGUAGUGGAACUGUAGGAGCCUCGGGCACGAACACGACUGCUGAGAGUGUUCAUCAGCUUCGGAUGUUGCAUAAUCGCUUAAUGCAGUGGAAAUACACUAAUGCUCGAGGUGCAGUUGUGAAUCAGAAUCUCACCACUCAGGCUGAGAGCAAAUUACUAUGCACAUAUGAUGCUCUAGUAAAAUUGCAGAGUUCUGUGCUGCAAAAGAGACUGCAGCUUGAAAAAGAGAAAUUGGAGAUGAAGCUGAAUAAUAUUCUUCUGUCUCAGCUUGCGCCUCUGGAAUCGUGGAGUAAUCUUGAGAGACAACACCAGUCAGCAGUUUUGAUGACCACAGAUUCUUUGCAUGCUGCUAUUUGCAGAAUCCCCCUUGUUGAAGGAGCUGUGGUGGAACCUGAAACAGCUUCCUUUGCCUUGCGGUAUGCAUCAGAUUUGGCAGUAUCAAUUGAAACCAUGUUAUCAACUUAUUCACCCGAGGUGGAGAAAAAUGUUGCACUACUUGCAGAAUUAGCAAAAGUAGCCGCACAAGAGAAGUCUGCAUUGGAUGAGUGUUUGGAGCUGUCCAGGUUCAUUUCAGAGUUAGAGAUUGAAGAAUGGAGCUUGCAGUGUCAAGCUGUUCAAAUGAAAUCAAUGCAGCAGCACCAACAAGAUAUCUCUGCGUAGUUUGCUUCAGUUUAUUGACUUGAUAGUCGACUCUAGAUUUAUCCAAUAGAUACUUUUGUGAAAUUGAUGUCCGCCAGCUGAUCAGUGAUGAGAUAAUCCUGAACAAGACUUGGCUAUAGCUAAACCAUAACUUUAUCAUGAUGUCUUAAAUGACUCAAUACUUCGGCCAGGUUUUAUGCAAAACUGUGCACUGGGAUCGACCCAAACUUUCACUGCAAUUAAUGUGGCUGUGAUAUUUACCAAUCUAUAGCAUAUCGUCUCAGAUACUUUUGUUGAAUGCAUGUCUUGAAUCAUUGAGAAUGAAAUUUGCAUGGAGUAGCUUUAAGGUUUAAAAUUAUAACUAAAAAGUUU